AUGAUUUUCCUACAGUUCUGGUGGGCGUUGAUGGUGUUCAGUGGGCCGGGCAACUCCUUGGAGGUCAUGACCGCCGAGGGAAAGAGCGGGCAGGGGAACUCGCCGGAGGGCAGUGACAAGUUGCAGAGCUUCAAUCGGGCGGUGGAGCAGGCUCGUCCCGAGUUGCAGGAGCUGAAGAUCACCUACGGCGGCUUGCAGGAUCAGAACAACCAGAAGCAGCAGCAGCGGGAUCGUCGCAACUCCAUCGACGACAUGCUGGCCAGUUUUGCCAACGAGCCAGGGGGUGAAUCCAAAUCGAAGGCUGAGGAGGAGGAGCGAGUCCUGCAGGAGGCGGCGGAUGCCUGGUUUCGGGACAUCCAGGCCAGCAUGUCCAGGGAAACUUCUUCUGGAAGCCAGAAGCAGGCUCGUUCCGGUGGCAAACAGGAGCGAUCCAUUGCCCAGAAUAUCAUCGAUCAGCACGCCAAGACAAUGGAAAAAACCGAAAUGGGCAAGGUAAAGCAAAAGUACAAGGCGGCUUCCGACGAUACCAUAGUGCGCAAAUACCUUGUGACUAAGACUCCUUUGCAGGAUACGGGCCUCAGCCAUCUGGACAUUAUGCUGAAGCAGGCGCAGGAUUUGCUCAGCGAUCACGAGUUGCAGGAGGCCCAAAAGGCCGAGAAGUUGAAGGAGGAGCGUAAAAAGCAGGAGGAAAGAGAACAAGUGGAAAAGUUUCCGGAGUUUGGCAACGCACCCAUCCCAGAUGGUGUCUACGAAAGUACUCUCGAUCGUCUGGCCUUUCCACACGCCAAUUCCUUCAAGCUGGCCCAUGAAGCCAACUAUAAGUUGUCCAAAAUCGAACAGGAGGCCUCGGAAAAGUCUCCGAAGUUUUCGAAAAUCGGAAGCAUCAGUGAAAGCCCUCUGAAGCCAGCGAAACGCAGCUCAUCAAAUCGAUUCAAUCCCAUGAAUGAGAUUAAACUGAAGACCAGCAGCAGACUGAUGCUCAAGGGUCUGGGACCCUCUUUGCCCAGUAAUGCCCUUAUGGACAUCCAUCAGCACCAAAUGGUGGACAGUAUGAUCCGAAGGAGAGAGCUGGAGGAUCAACUGAAGAACGACCAGCAAUUGGAGGCGAAUCAGGACGGCGAGGAUGAUGAUCAGAGAAUGGGUAUUAAUAACCUGAUAUCUCAGAAGGAUAACAUGGAGUACCUGCAGUCGGUUAAUCCCGCCAUGGAAACAGAUCAAAUGAUGGAUCUGCCCCAGAGUUACGACUAUAGACUGCCCCAAUACGAUCGAUUUCAUCCGCUGAACCAACGACAAAGUACUCGGGACUACGAAAGAGUUAAUCGCAUGCCCAUUGAAUUGGAUCGCUUUAAAAGGCAACCUCAAAUGGGUAAAUCUUCUCUGGAUGAAUAUUCUAUCGCAAAAGGCUUGCCACUAGCAGGUGAAGUAGCCCCACCAGCCAAAGAAGUUAACGAAGAUCAGGACAUUAUCAAUCGCAAAAUUGCUAUAAAAAUGGGUAUAUUAAACAUGAACGAUCGAAAUGGCUUGGACUCACUUAAAGAGCAGGAAUCAAACGAGAAAGACAGUCAUAGCGAGAUUAAGUUACAUGACGAAGUCAGUCUGAACGGUCCUCUCAUUAAGCCAGAAAAUAAGCUUGAUUCUGAUUUAACAUCCUUCGAAGGAAAGUUGGAGGAUAAAUCAGAGGUUGAAAUCGAGGACAAGCUUUUAGCUCCAGUAAAACGUGAAGCCAAAGUGCAAGAAAAGCUAAUGCAACCUCUUAAAAUUGAGGCCACACUGAAAGAUGAACCUUUAAUUGAGGCAAAAGUUAAAUUAUUAUCAAAAGAAGAGGUUCCACUUGAUUUGGAUAGCAAUAGUGAGCUCCAUUCCAAUGGAAAAGCCGAACUGGCUGCAAAUUCGGAAAGCCAAGACAUUUUGGAGAAACGUGAAAGUCCGGAAACUAACGAGUGUGCGAACAACCAUGAAAGCAUUCCGGAAGCCGAAACGGAUGGCAAGUCCGAGGAGGUGGAAAAGCUAGAAGCAGGUGUCGAAAAGGAUAAUGGCGUUGUCAAACUCGACAUAAAUCUGAAGCUUCAGGAACCCUCAGAGGAAAAACCUGAGUGCGACGAAGCCAAUAAGGUGGAUGAAAAGGAGGCCGCGGCUCCGAAAGUAAAUCCCGAUGCGGUGGUCAAGCUGUUGGCCAACGAGUUGUCACUCGACAAGGAUCGCGGCAAAAGGCAAAUAAGGCUGAAUAGAUAUCGCAGACAGAACAGGAGGUCCAAGAGAUCCUUGGACGAAAAGGAGCCACAGUUGCAGCAGCAACAUGAAGAAAACGAGCAACAUGUGGUAACCAAGCGACUGGCUCCUCUCCUCGAUGACUUUGAAGACCACAAUGGGAAUCGCGUGGGUUUUGGAAACUUGGGUCAUGGCAUGCUUACUCCAGAUUCGGAAGAUCAGGAAGGUAAGUCCUAUCCAAGUCAUAAAUUACUGGCACACUAUGAUGAAUUGGAAGCCGCUCAUGAAGAGGAAGCCCUGGCGAAAAUCUACGAUCCCACAAGGAAUACUGUGCCCAUGAUGAAUCAGCGGCCCAAUUUGGGUUUCCCGGGGCAACCUCAGCAGCAACAGCACCAGCAGCAACAACUGCAGCAGCAGCAACAGCAGCAACAGCAGCAGCAGCACCAGCAGCAACUGCAGCAGCAGCAACAGCAGCAGCAACAGCAGCAACAAUUGCAACAGCAGCAACCCUUGCAACAGCAACAGCAGCCACAAGUGCAACAGCAGCAGCCGAAUCAGCAACAAGUGCAACAGCAACCAGAUACAAAUAGGCAGCGUCAUCAGUCGUCCAAUUUCCAGGCAAGUUUCAAUUUAACGCACUUUUUCAAUGAGUUGCAGAAGAUGCAGAACUUGAAGGCGCCACAGCAACAAAAGCAGGUUGUGCAACAAAGCCCGGUGGUGCAGCAACCAGUGCAGCAGCAACAAAUGCAGCAGCAAUAUCUGCCGCACCAACAACAGAUAUUGCAGCUGCCACAGCAAAUGCCAAUGCUUCGAAAUAGCCAGCAAAUGCCCAACAAACCCAUGUCGCCACCAAUAAAAUCCUUUGGGGUUCAUCGUUAUUUCGGACCCUUCUUCAAUAAGCAACUCAAGCAUGAUCCCUACUUGGCGGCCUUGACCACCAUUGAUCCGAGAUGUGUACCCAUCACAACUCCUGCUCAAGGUGUUUCUACGGCGGCAACUUUGCCGCCAAACUGCACAACUCCUGCGGACACUCAAAAUCCAACUACAACCAAUCCAACUUCUCCAACCUCUCCAACCCCUCCAACUUCUGUUGAUCAAUCGCACGAUAUUUGCAAAAGUCCAGAUGCAGUGAAGCUGAAUGUUUCCAUUAAUGCCAAUGUUUGUGGAGACCCGAAAACUAAACAGUUUUACGGCAAUGGAUCCAUAAAUCUGAUACCCGCUUUGAAUGGAUUGCAUUCGGUAUCAAAUCACGAACUACUUGAAAAAACAGCGUUUCUAAGGGAUAACCUAGAUCAACUUGAAAAAGAAGAAAGAUGUGUUCGGGAGGCGGGGGAAGAAUCCGAGGAUGGAUGGGAGACAAAAAGUGAGAAGAAGAAGCUGAAAAAGCAAGAUGGUCACAUGAAAAGGCCUUCUAUUAAUUGGGCCGGAAAGAAACAGACUCAUCAACAAACUGUAAAAUCUCAGCCAAAAUCGAAAGAGAAUGCCACUUCAAAGGCCAAAGCCAACAAACAACCACAAAAAGAACCACUAAAAGAAUCACUAAAAGAACCACUAAAAGAACCACAAAAAGUAGAAGGAAAAUGCACCAUUAAACCUCUAUCAAAACAAACCGAACCACUAUCGGAUAGUUACAAUAAGUUAAUCACGGGCAAGAUAUCGGAGAAUAUAGUGGCAGCCGUCUUCGAGGCGGUGGGCAAUGAUCCGGGAAUGGAUCGCCUGUUGCCUGUUCUCGAAAGGAAUCGCAAGUGUUCGUUAAAUAGGGCCAAGAACUUCUACCAGAUCCGGAACGACAAGAGCGAGAACUAUUUGCAGCAAACGGAGAACAUGGUGCGGGAUACCAUGGAGGCCAUUAGCGAAAUAAUCGACAAGCAGAUUCGCACUCGUGCCUGCAUUCCAUUGCGUCCAGAUCUCCAGGAUUUCUACGAGCUGAUACUCAAAACAGCCAACGAGGAACAGAAGUGCCGCGAGAAGCGGCAGAGCUCCCUGCAAGUCCUGGCCGAGGAUUUCAGCCAGGAUGUGCGACUGCUCGAUCCCAGUAAAAUCAACCAGAAGUCCCGGAUCGUUAAGAAGUUACUUCGGCAGUACGAGGAAUUGCCAAUUGAGGACCAGCAGGCGGCGACUGGAGUGCGGGAUGAAUUGCUCUUGGAUCUGGUUUACCUCAAGAAGUUGUCCGAUUCCGCGGAGCGUCAUCAGCGGAAUGCCCGUCUGCAGGAGGUCCUCAAGCAGGCGAAUUUGGAUGAUGUCCUGGAGAAGCGCAUGUCCAGCGAAUACUCUCCUCGAUUCAUAAAACUACUCAAAACGGCGGAGCUUUUCAAGGAGGCGGGCGAACAGCAGGCCAAGGCCUUUGUGGGUCUUUAAUUUAUAGAUUUUCUAGUACUUUUAUUUCUAAUAAUUUGUUUCAUU